AUAUGAGGAAUAUAUCGGAAAUCUUUCUUUCAAUUUCUAUUAGAUUUCCCCUGUAUUUUUUCUAGAGGAAUUUAUCGAGAGCUAAUUGGGGCUUUCCUUAUUUUUUGUCACUUAUCUUUCAUUUUAUCUGCAUCAAUGGGUAUCAGAGCACAUCCUUCCUCGGACAUGGCAGAGAUUCAAAUUCAGGACAGUGCAGAUCCUUGGGCACAUUUAGUGGCCUUGGGAGAUCUGGCGGCAUUAAAGCAAACAGGUACAGUGAGCGGAUUUACGGAGCAAUUUGAUCUUGUCUUUCACCAAACGACACUCACUGAAAAGCAAGCAGUGUGUUUCUUUGUUGACGGAUUAAAGGAAGAAAUCCAGCCAACUGUGAGGUUAUUCAAACCCCAAUCCUUGUAUGAUGCAUAUUGCUUGGCCUUCCUACAAGAAUCUUGCUUGGAAGACGUUCAAGGAAUAGCUAACACCCCGAAACCCAUACUUGAACAACAAGAAAUCCCGCGAGCCGUAGGUGAAAUUGCGCAAGUGGCGGAAGCAGAGCAAGAGAAAACCACCGCCGGAGAGCGAGAUAAAUUGGCAGCUGUGGAACUUGACCAGAAGCUGCCACUGGUGACUCCUAUUGCUGAUGAUGGUUUCCCGAUAUCCUGUGAGGUUGCCAAAGAUGAACCCACAAACGAGUCCGCUGGAAUGGUUCAAAAUCAACCGCCUGCCUUAGAAAUCGCGCAUGCAAUGGAAGGAGAGAGUACAUUGUUGUCUCAAGGAGACCAGGUCGUGGAGAUUGAACAGACUUUCGGGGAACUGAACUCUUCUACCCACAAGCUGUUCGAUGAAAUGCUUGAGUUAUCUGGACUUGAAACAACAUCAAUUUCUAGGAGACAAUAUACAGAUAGAUUGAAGUCAUGGUGCAAGGAAAAAGUUCAUGAAGAUUUUGAUCCUACUUUGGUUACGUUGGGACAAAAAGGAAUGGCAGAUGAAUAUCUAGAACCAUUAGCUCUGUUAUUUCCCAAGCCAGGCCUGUCAAUAUCUCUAUCACUUACUGGUAUAAAAGCUUUUGUCAAUUGUGAUGGAGGCUCACUCACUAGGCCUGAGGGAAUGAUUGAUUUACUCGGCAUGGAGGUGGCUUGGAAUGCUGACAAGAAGUCAUCUAAGGGAGGUUCUGUUCAUGGCCAUUUAGUGCAGGACGAUGUACUUGUCAGUGUGAACUGGAAGAAAUUCAUUGAAAGUUUUGGGCAAACUCAAAUCUCAGGCAGGAAGACACUGGCUUUCCUUACUCAGCUGACUACUGUUAUACUCACUGAGCGUUCUGCCAUUUCUUCACCAAUGACUACAGUUGUUCUGCAUAGAAAAAUGGUGGAUAAAGGUGGGAGAGCAAAAUUAAAAAGUGUUCCAAUGGCCAGUCGUCUAUUGGCAAAUUCCACCUGGAAGGACUUUCACAUUUUGUUGCUUCAAUACAUGAAAUUCCAUACUUGGAGGAAUGAUUCAUCUAAUUAUGGAAAUGCAACAUGGGUAGUCUCUUUUGAUUUGGUAGCUAUUUCCCACAUUUCCUAAUGAGACUUAUGUUGAAUCUUUGAAACCGGAUGUGGUUCAUGGAAGCACUCUAAAUUGUUUCCACAUGUGUCAAGGGUUUUUAUGGUGGCUUGAAGGCAGGCCUUUCUACACUGUUAUUCUAGUAUUACUCUUGGACAAUGGUUCCUUGAUGUUGGAUGUUGAAACUCUCAGAAUUGCCUCAUGGAACUCCAAGAUUUUGCAAAUGAGAUUGUACUUUGGAAGAGUUACAAAGGAAGCCUACAAGCUGGUCCUUCUUUAUUUGUUGUUGUUGGCUUUCCAACUGGAGAUAAGGUUAAGUUUUCAUGCUCCAUUAUAUUUAGUUGCACCAAUGGGGCUUGCUUUUACUUGUUUAUUGGAGCUCACAAUCAUUUUGCAUAGAAAGAUGGUUGAUAGAGGCAAGGGAUUAAUUCAAUAAUCCAGUGCAUAAUCCAAGGGUACAACUAGAGAGCAUUCUACAUGCUCUACUGCUGAAGUUUCUAGUAUUUCAUCCUUGAGGGCAAGGAUGUUCUGAAGCGAAAGGGAAUGAUAUGUGGUAAAUAAAUAAGGCAUGUGGGACCUAGAUGAUGAUAUGGCUGCCAAGUGGGAUUAAUUAUAUGUUGUCGUUUUAUGUUAUGUCUGAGGUCAUUUUGAAUAGGGUUAGGUUAUUUAGCAGUUUUGUGUUUCAUUUUUGGAGUAGUUCAGAAAUUUGUUAUUCUUCAUCAUCUACUAUCCUUUAUCCUCUAUAAUCUUCCAUUUGAGAAACUAUCUGUAAUCCUUGGGUUUCAGAGUAAUAUAUCGAGGAAUAUAUCGGAAAUCUUUCUUUCAAUUUCUACUAGAUUUCCAUUGUAUUUUUUCUAGAGGAAUUUAUCGAGAGCUAAUUGCGGCUUUCCUUAUUUUUUUU